CUGAUGUUGAGAUUUUGUUCUCAGUUCAGUACCAUUUCUUCAACCUAGUUCUCUCACCUGUGACCAACUCUCGAGAAAAGAAACUUAUAUAACAACAAUGACUGUCGAUACAAAAACUAAAUCCUAUGUCUUCCAAAAGAAGAUUUCUGAGAAGGGGCUGAUUGCUGUCGGAUCAAAGAACGAUGGUAUGUACUUAGUUUUAGAAGACCCAUCUACCGGCGAACAAAAAGUUGUCCUCGAUGGUAUCUCUGGUGCUGCCGUGUGUUCCUUGCCUCACAACGAUCCUGAAAUCACCAGCCAAUUCACCAAAUGGGCUCAAGAUAGCCCUUACACUUUCGGUGCCUACUAUGGUAACAAUGCAGCAGAAGAGCUUAGUAAGUUUAUGUGCGAAAAGUCCAAGGGAGCUUUCGAAUCCUGUUUAUGGACUCAAUCUGGGUCUGAAGCCACUGAAAACGCCAUUAAAAUUAUGAGACAAUAUCACUUGGAAAGAGGUGACGACAAGAGAUACAAGAUUAUCUCCAGACUUCAAUCUUACCACGGUUUUACUCUUGGUGCCCUUUCUGUCGGUGACGGUACCAGAAAACCACCAUUCAAGCCAAUCUUAUUGAGUGACGAACAGACUCCAAAGAUGCCGCAACUUUACCCAUACAGAGACUGGAAGGCAGGUAUGUCAGAAGAAGACUACACCAAGUACCUACUAGAACAAGCCGAAAAGGUUUUCAUUGACAACGACCCAUCCACCAUUUCUGGUGUUCUUGUCGAAACUGUCGGUGGUUCCACCAUCGGUACUCCAACCCCACCAAAGGGCUACUUAGAUGGUUUGAAGGCUCUUUGCCACAAAUACGGAGCAUUGCUCAUGUUAGACGAAGUCAUGUGCGGUUUAGGUAGAUGUGGUUAUGACUUCACCUACAUGCAUCCAGAAUUCGGUCUCACCACCGGUGGUCCAGAUAUCUUAUCCGUUGGUAAGACUAUUGGUUCUGGUUUUGUCACCUUGGCAGGUUUGUUCUUCUCCCCAAAAAUCUGCAAGGUAUUCAGUGAAGGUUCUGGCUUGGUCAUGGGUGGUCAAACCUACCAUUCUCACGCUUUCACCUGUAAAGUUGGUUUAGCUGUUCAACAAAAGAUUGUUAGAGACAACUUGGUUGAAAAUGUUAGAAUUGUUGGUGCUUACAUGAAGGAACAAUUGAUUGAGAAAUUGAAGGACUCUAAAAUUGCCGGCGAUGUUAGAGGUGCAGGUAACUUCUUAUCUGUUGAAAUCGUCAAGGACAAGUCCACCAAACAAUACUUUGAUCCAAAGCUUGCGGUUGGCCCAGCCCUCCACAAGAGAAUAUUCGACAAAGGUGUCAUUGUUAUGGGUGCUGCAGGUACCGUUGGUUACGAAUACCAUGGUUUGAACGACGUCUCAUGCUUUGGUGACCACAUCACUAUGGGCCCAGCCUUCACUUUCAAGAAGGAGCACGCCGACAUCAUUGUGAAGGCCGUUACGGAAGCUGUAUUUGAGAUGGAGAAGGAGCUCUUAUAGUUGAUUAUCAGUACUUUUAAUUUAUUUGCUUUUUCUUCGUCUAUCUAUUUCUAUAUUAAGCGAUAUUUAGGGAAAUUUAUUCUUAUAAUUCUUCAAACGCUCGUCUACACUAAUUCCAUUCCACAAUUCUUCGUUUGUGUCU